AUGACUCGAUGGAAGGUUGUCUUAAAUAUUUAUUAUUACAGCUAUAGGUUAUUGUGUCAUAAUACUAAUGGACAGAGUCUAGCAGUGGCUGAUGUUAAAGGAUUGAGAGUUGAAGACUUUGAGAGUGAAGAGUAUCUUGUACCAGUAGUACCUGAUGAUCCAUUACUGCAAAUAGACUGGGAGGAGGAGGGAAAGAUUGAAGAAUGGGGAGACACAAGUCUUAAAGAAAGACUGGAGCUCACUGAGAAGCAGCUCCUACUUACCAGAACUGCAUUAGACAAUGCUCUUAAAGACCUCAACCAAAUGAAAGAAACAAUGAGAGAAUUAACAACCAGUAGCACUGAUCCUGAUGCUACCAUGGAGACUGCUGUUGAGGAGAAGGACAGUUACUUUAGCAACUAUGGACAUCAUGGCAUUCAUGAAGAGAUGCUCAAAGUAAUUCAAAAUGUCUACGUGUACAUUUUAUACAUACAUAUGGGUAAGAACUUUGACAGCAUGCUGUGCCUAUUUACAUGUACAUGUACAUGUAUGUGCGAUAAAGUUAGAAUGGAUUCUUAUGAAUUAUUCAUUACUAAAAACACUGAAAUAUUUAAAGAUAAAGUUGUUCUUGAUAUUGGUUGUGGUACUGGUAUUCUCUCCCUUUUUGCAGUUAAAGCUGGUGCUAGUCAUGUAUUCGCAAUAGACCAAUCACCAAUCAUAUACAAAGCAGUAGAAAUAGUGAGAGAGAAUGGGGUUGAUGAUAAAAUCACAUUUAUAAGAGGAGAAGUGGAGAGUGCUAGGCUACCAGUUGAUAGUGUUGAUGUGUUGAUAUCAGAAUGGAUGGGGUACUUCCUUUUAUUUGAGUCUAUGCUUGAUACUGUACUGUAUGCUAGGGACAAGUGGUUGAAUGAUAAGAAAAAUGUUUAUCCUAACAGGUGUAACAUGAGUCUAGUUGCCAUGGGAGAUGAAUAUGAAUAUAACUCAAAGAUCAAAUUCUGGGAGAAUGUUAGAGUUGAGCCAACAGUCAAACUGGUUGAUGAGUAUUGUCUCAUUUCAACAUCAGACGUCAUUAAGAAAUUUGAUAUAACGACAGUCAAAGCGAGUGAUCUUGAUUUCAAAUCAAGUUUCAUGCUUACCAUAAAGCAAAAUGACACCUGCUAUGGUCUUGUUGGAUACUUUGACAUUGGGUUUGAGGUUCCCUCUUAUCGUGUGUACUUUAGUACUAGUCCACAAGAUACACCCACUCACUGGCACCAGACGAUAUUCUUCCUCAAUGAACCCAUACAAGUUCAAACAGGGGAUUUAUUGCGUGGUAGUAUCAGUUGCUAUAAGAACAAGGAUUGUUCAAGAUCACUUGAUAUCAAGAUACAGAUGACUUUAUUCCCACUCUCAAAAGAAUCCCAAGAAUUAAUAAUACCAGAACUCAUUUACACACUUUCAUGAAUCAUGAUGCUUUACUGAAUGUACUUUGUUUUGUCAUUAAAUCAAAUGCCAUCUGUGGUUAUGUAAUAAGAAUUAUUUCAGGAAAAAUUA